UUUAUAGAAAUCAUAUUUAUCUUUGAGAAAUCAUAUUAAUUGUUUUCAAUUAACUCUUUGAUAAAUUAAUUGAAAACAAAAAAUUAAUCAUUAAUGCAUGAUCUCUCUUUUUCCACUCCUUUCUUCUUUCUCUUUUUUUAAAGGCAACUAAAACUUUUUUUUAUUUUCCCUCUUCAGCAUCCGGUAUCUCUUCCGGUUAUGCGAGAGAGACAUUUUUUUUAAAGGCAACUAAAACUUUUUUUUAUUUUUUUUAUUUUUUUGUGUAUCUCAGUCCGUAUGCUUCAAUCUGCAGUGCAAUUAUUUGUUGUUUGAGCUAUGGUGGUUUGGAUCUGAAGUGGUGGUGGUCGUAACGGUGGUUUCCGCUAAUGUUGAUGUUCUCAGCUUCAUGACCUUCAGCUAUGGGGUCAGAUCUUGGUUGUGUCACCUCAAGCCUCCCUCUGUUACUUCCGAUUUGAAUUACGACAGUGGUACAUUCUCUUUUUAGCAAUGAGGUGUUUCGAGGCUAACAAGAUGACAAGGCGAGAUGAAAAAUUUAAGCUUUGGACAAAGUCUGGAUCGACUGGUUUGUCCCUCUCUUCUCUUGCUUGCUUUGAGAAUGGCGGUUUUCCAGUGGGAUUGGAAGCAAGUUGGCUGUGGGGUGGGACUUCAGUUUAUCCACACACUGGUCCCGAACUGGCAAAGCUCCUUCGUUUUGUUGAACUAUUCUUUGUCAUCACUCCAUUCUUUUUUUUUUCAAUUGGCGUUGCUUCUUCAUUGUUUUUGUGGGUGGUGUUGCAUGGCUCGCUCCCUUUAGCUUUUUCGACAAGCUCAGUGGAAGAUAUUUCUUCAUUCGAAUUCUUAUCCUUGGAGUUCUGGUGGGCGAGGACAUUAGCUUGUGAGGUUUCCGCGGUGGCGGUAGGGAUGGUUUUGAGCAUAGCAAAGUGAAACAUUGGCAUAGGAUUCUCAAAUUUUUUGAAAAAAAUUAUAUGAAAAAUAUCUCCAAAUUUGUAAAAGAAAAUUUUUGUAAGAACCCUUACUAAAUUAUUUUUGGCCUCCAAAAUUUCAGGGACACUCUCCGCGCCGGUUCUGGAUCUGGCGAAUCUUCUUUAUGUCCGAUUUUUUUAUAUUUUGCAUCUAUAAUUCUCGAUUUUGUUUGUACCAUCCCGGUUUAGCCUUUAUUUUAUUUUAUUUUAUUUUACCUCACGUCUUGUAUUUUUUUUAAAAAUUAAUGUGAAGACUUUAAAAAAAUAAAUGAAUGCAUGCUGUUUUUUUGUUUCUUUCUUUGUUAGUAUAUAUAAGAAACAGAGAUCUUGAUCGUUAGAUGCAUAUAUCAACUUUCUCUCUCUCAGAAGAUCUUCUCUGUAACUGUUUGAUUUGCUUGUGAAGAUUGCUUUGCAAGAAAGUGAGGCAAAAGAUGAUUUUGAGAUUGUCUCUUCUUCUGAUCUUGCUUUUGAUUAUAGUUCCUCAAUCAAUUCAAGGUUCCAUCUUCAAAACCUUCUCAAAUACGCUAUCUCCCAAAUAUCCUCCUUACUCAUUCGUCUUCCCUCUCUCCGGCAAUGUCUUCCCUCUCGGAUAUUACUCGGUCUCUCUUCAAAUAGGAAAUCCUCCAAAGGACUUUACCUUUGAUGUUGAUACUGGCAGUGAUCUCACAUGGGUUCAAUGCGAUGCUCCUUGCUCUGGUUGCACUGUGCGUACUGAACUUCAGUACAAGCCUAAGUCAAACACUGUCCCAUGCUCAGACUCAAUUUGCUCAGCUCUACACUGGCCACAGAAGCCUGAAUGUCUAAACCCGAAAGAGCAAUGCGACUACGAGGUUGAAUAUGCUGAUCAAGGUUCAUCAAUGGGUGCACUUGUCGUUGAUCAGUUUUCAUUAAAACUCCUAGACGGCUCGUCUUUUGUACCUCGCUUAGCAUUCGGGUGUGGUUAUGAUCAGCAUUUCCCUAGUGCACAUCUUCCACCUGCUACUGUUGGAGUUUUGGGGCUUGGGAAAGGGAAAAUCAGCAUCUUGACACAGCUUGUCUCGGCCAGACUAACUAGAAAUGUGUUUGGUCAUUGCUUAAGCUCUAAAGGUGGAGGCUAUUUGUUCUUUGGAGACAAUGUUAUUCCUUCUACUGGUGUAUCCUGGACAACAUUAGUGUCACCUAACAACCACUACACGACUGGACCAGCCGAGCUUCUUUACAACGGGAAGGCAACAGGUUUAAAUGGCCUCAAACUCAUCUUUGAUUCCGGAAGCACCUAUACUUAUUUCAACCGCAAGACAUACCAAGCAAUAGUUAACCUGAUUGGAAAUAAUCUGAAAGGUAAACCGGUGAAGGAUGUGAAAGAUGAUAAGACUUUAGCAAUAUGUUGGAAAGGAGCUAAGCCUUUGAAAUCUGUUCUUGAGGUCAAGAACUUGUUCAAGACCUUAACAAUCAACUUUAAGAAUGGCAGAACAAACUCUCAGCUCCAGAUUCCACCCGAGUCUUAUCUCAUCGUCUCUAAAACUGGGAACGUCUGUUUGGGAAUACUCAAUGGAAGUGAAGUAGGAUUACAAGACUCUAACGUAAUCGGAGAUAUAUCUAUGCAAGGGGGUGAUGGUGGUCUACGACAAUGAGAAACAACAACUCGGAUGGGUUUCUGCUGAUUGCGAUAAGCUUCCCAAGUGAUGAUAGAUAUAUUGAACGAUUUCACCAUAUUAUAUAACUUCAUAGUUUGAAAUUUUCACAAAUAAAACAAUUGAUUGACCAUAAACGAUUAACGUAAGACAAAUUCACUAGAAUAUACCGGAAAUAUUACUAAACUA